AUGCGCGCAGUCUCACGGAAUAUAGGAAAUAACCUCACCCCCGCCCCCGCCUCACCCCCGCCCCUCAAACUCCGCACCUACCAAGAAGAAUGCAUCCGCGCCGUCCUCGAGCACGUCACCCUCGGCGAGCGCCGCCUCGGCAUCUCCCUCGCCACAGGCUCCGGCAAGACCGUCAUCUUCACGCAGCUCAUCUCGCGCCUCUCGCACCCGUCGCGGCCCGCGACCGCAACACAGACACUGAUCCUCGUGCACCGCAAGGAGCUCGUUGAGCAGGCCGCGAGCCACUGCAGACGCCAGUAUCCGCACCUCACGGUCGAGAUCGAGAUGGCGACGGCGCAUGCGAGCGGGUGUGCGGACAUCACGGUUGCCAGCAUCAUGAGUAUUGUGAGUGGGGAGCGGAUCGGCAAGUUCCGCAGGGAGAGGUUUAAGUUGGUGUUGAUUGAUGAGUGCCAUCAUGCGGUGAGUAAGGGGUACUUGAAGUGCCUGGAGCACUUUGGGCUGGUGCAUGUCGGGGCGGCGGGGGAGGCGGGUGAGGGGGAGGGGGAGGGGGAGGGAGAAUUCGCGGGGGAGGCUGGUAUGGAGUUUGGGGCGGGGUUUGGGGCGGAUACGCCGGUGCUGGUGGGCGUGAGUGCGACAAUGUCGCGGUUUGACGGGCUCAAGCUGGGCAAGGUGCUGGAUAGGAUUGUCUAUCAUAAGGACUACAUGGACAUGAUUGCUGAUAACUGGCUCUCGCCCUGCAAGUUCACCACCGUCAUGACGCACGUCGACCUCUCUAGCGUGCGCGACGCUUCUACGGGCGACUUCAACCUCUCCGACCUCGAGCGCGCCGUAAACACCAAGGAAACCAAUAACGUCACUGUCCGCUCAUGGCUGCAGAAAGCAGACGACCGCCACUCCACAAUCGUCUUCUGUGUCAACAUCCAGCACGUCAACGAUCUCUGCGACACCUUCCGCACCCACGGCAUCGACGCACGCCCCAUCACUAGUAACACGCUGCUGCAGGUCCGGCGUGAACGGCUUGAAGAGUUUCGGGCGCGAAAGUUCCCGGUGCUUGUCAAUUGCGGGGUCUUCACUGAGGGCACCGACAUCCCCAACAUCGACUGCGUCCUCCUCGCACGCCCCACAAAGUCACGCAACCUCCUCGUGCAGAUGAUCGGCCGCGGCAUGCGCCUCUUCCCCGGCAAAGCCGACUGCCACAUCAUCGACAUGGUCGGGGUCCUCAAACGCGGCAUCGCCACAGUCCCCACACUCUUCGGGCUCGACCCCGACGAGCUACUCGAGGAGCUGUCGCCGGAGCAGCUACAAAAACUGAAAGCGAAGCGGGAGAAGGAGGCCGAGAAGCGGCGGCUGGAGCUGGAGGCCGCGCGGCAGCGCGAGGAGGCGGGGCGGGAGAAAGGCGGGAAGGGGAAGGGGGAGAGGGGGGUGAAGCUGAGUGUGGAGUUUACGGACUAUGAGAAUGUGUUUGACCUGUUGAAGGACGCGAAGGAGUCGGGCCAUAUACGGCGGUUGAGCCCGUACUCGUGGGUGUCGAUUUCGAAUGGGAAGCAUGUGUUGCCGCUGAAGGCGGGGCGGUAUCUGAAGAUCCAGAGGGAGCGGGAUGGGACGUUCACGUUGAUUGAGUUUAAUAAGAUCCCGCCGGAGGUUACGAAGACGAGGACGUUCUUGUCGAAUCGGAGGGUGGUUAUGGAGGGUGCGCAGUCGCUCGCCGAUAUCAUCCAAGGCGCUGACACCCUCGCCGCCACCCGCCAAGCGCGCAACCUCCUCCUUCACAGCGCCCCCUGGCGCAAAAAGCCCGCCUCCGACUCCCAGCUCGCCUUCCUGUCGACCUUCCGCGACAAGUACAGCAUCCCCGAGAACCUCACGAUCGGGCAGGCCGGCGACAUCAUCACCAAGCUGCGGCACGGCAGCCUCAAGGAGCUUGAGAAGCGCAAGAAGCAGGAGCACCGCGAGCGCGUCAAGGACGAGAAGGAGCGCGCGAGGGACGAGAAGGCGCGGCUGAAGGAGCGCAUGAGGGAGGAGGCGCGCGAGCAGAAGAUGCGUGAAAAGGAGGAGAAGUUGAGGAGGUUGGAGGAGGUCAAGGUGGGGCGAUUGUUCUAA